AUGACCAUGCUCCAGUCCCAGAAGCUGUACGGCGACGCGGGCGGUUUAGGCGGCGCUAUGACCAGCGCCGCGAUGACCAGCGCCGCGAUGUCCACGAUGGGCAGCAUGGCGCCCACGUACAGCUCGAUGAACUCGGUGGGCUGCGUCUCUAUGGGGAUGUCUAUGGGGGUCGGUGUCGGGCCGAGCUGUAGCCCCCAGGGUGCCGGCGGCUUUAACAUGGGCAGCAUGGGCACCGCAAUGGGGAUGGCCUCGAUCGGCGGCGGCGCCAUGGGAGGUUACGGUAGCGCCUCGAUGGGCGGCGGAACCGGUUGCAUGUCCGCCGUCGGUUACGGCCCAUUGACACCGGCUGGCUCUGGGUCGGUCACCCGUGAUCCGUUGUCGUUGACGGAACCUGACUCCCCGAAUUCCGCGUUGCAACGGGCCCGAACCGACAAAUCCUAUCGUCGUAGUUACACGCACGCGAAACCACCGUAUUCUUACAUCAGCCUGAUCACGAUGGCGAUCCAAAACGCGCCGACGAAGAUGUUGACGCUAUCCGAGAUCUAUCAGUUCAUCAUGGAUCUGUUCCCGUUCUACAGACAGAACCAGCAACGCUGGCAGAACUCGAUCAGGCAUUCGUUGAGCUUCAACGAUUGCUUCGUUAAGAUGCCACGUACACCGGACAAACCGGGUAAAGGAUCGUUCUGGACGUUGCACCCGGAGAGCGGUAACAUGUUCGAGAACGGAUGCUAUCUACGACGUCAGAAGAGGUUCAAAGACGAGAAGAAGGAACUUACCAGACAGACGAAUAAACACCAACAACACCAGCAACAUCAUACCUCGGCCGAGGUGGCGGUGGCCGCGGCUGGUCACAGCAGCCCUACCUCUAUCGUACGGGCGAACGCCGCAGGUGGUAGGAAAACCCCCUCGUCCCUUCAUCACGGGCCCCAACAGCCGGACGACAAGGACCUCCACUCGUUGGUCUCCUCGCAUCAUCAUCAUCAUCAUCACGCGGCCGCUCUCCACCAACAUCACGCCAAUCUGAAGAGCGACGCGACGGACAUAGGUGGUCUGCUUGGGCCUGAUCUGGGCGCGGCGGCUCACGACGAGCUCACCGCCAUGGUCAGUCGUAGUCUUCAUCCGCAUCUGAUCUCCGAUCCGGCCGCCCUUCAUCACGGUAUGACCGGUAGCCUGAAACAAGAACCACCGUACACAGCCGCCAGUCAUCCGUUCAGCAUCACCAGGCUACUCCCAGGUGCCACGGCUGGCACAUCUCCUGGUGCACAGGACACCAAACCGCCAGAGAUGAAGAUGUACGAGCAGCUGCACCAGAGCUACGCGAACUUCGGCACCUCGUCCCAUCAUCCUCACGCCCAUUCAGCUCCAACUGGGCAUCAUCAUCACAACGGCAGCAUGCACACGGGCUCGAACGCUGGCGGUCCUAUGCACAACAUGACCAACCAUCAUCAUCAGGAGUAUUACCAGAGUCCACUGUAUCAUCACGCGACCAGCGUGGCGAGCAGUGGCGCGCCACCACCGCCCUCCGUCGCCACAGCUGCACCGGGAUUGUGACACCACGCCACCCACCCCUAUGCCCUCG